UAGCGCUUUAAAGUUUUAAUAUACCAAAAAGUCAUAGUUGAAGUAAACGAUAGAAGGAAUAAUAAAUGAACGGCAAACAAAACAAUGCCAAAGUAAAAGUAGAAUUCGCUAUCUUAUAAGGUGAUCAUACUGAAGUUUGUUUACAAGAUUAUCCGAGAGUUUACCCAUGAUUCGGCACAGCAAAAUAGACGAGAUUGUAAUAAAUUAGUAUGCCAUACAGUAAAGAAAUUGGUAACUUGUUACUUCCACCAAGAAUUGUUGAAGCCCUUAAAAAAGCAAAACUUAACACCUGUAAAAGUGUGCUAACCCUGUCUGACCUAGAACUAUCAAAACAGACAAAACUCUCCCAACGUGAUGUAUAUGCUGUUAAACAGGCAGUUUCACAAGAAGUUCUUCCUAGGUCUUUCAUAACAGCAUAUAAACUGCAGCUACCAGAAUGUCCACCUGAUUUAGUCAUUAGAAAGCUUUCCAGUGGUUGUCCAAUGCUUGAUCAGUUUUUACGAGGUGGAUUAUUGAUGAGAGGUGUGACAGAAAUAGCUGGUGAAAGUGCCAGUGGGAAAACCCAGUUUUGUCUUCAGUUGUCACUACAAGCUCAGCUUCCAGAGUACAUUGGUGGCCUUAAUGCAGCUGUAGCUUACAUCUGUACAGAAGAUAGUUUUCCAAGUAAAAGACUUCAGCAAUUGAUUCAAGGAAUUAAAAAAAACAAGCCACAUGAAGCAUCUAAGAUCAACUUUAGUGAUCAAAUAUACAUUAGUCAAAUUGGUGAUGUGGAAAGUAUGUGGAAAUGUGUGAAAGUAACAUUACCAAACCUUCUCAGGUUAAAGAAAGUAAAGCUUAUUAUUAUUGACUCAGUGGCAGCUCUCUUUCGCUGUGAAUAUGAUCUGAAUCAGAUUGCUCAGCGUGCACAUGACCUCCAAACACUUGGUCAUCUUCUUCACAAAAUAGCACUGGACUUUGGAGCUGUUGUGAUCUGCAUAAAUCAGGUAUCAGCAGUGGUAGACCAAGGAGGCAGGUCCAACGUACAGGAGAAAAUAGUGCCAUCCCUGGGACUGGCAUGGUCAAACUUAGUGACAACGAGGGUGAUGCUGUCUCGUACAUCAUAUGUUUAUAAAGAAACCACCACACAGUUGAAAGUGUAUCUUCCUGUUCGAAAACUCCAAGUUUUAUAUGCUCCUAAUCUUCCACCAAACCAUACAUAUUUUGUAGUUACUCCUGAUUGCGUGAGAGGAAUAUCAUUGGAUGAAAACUGCUCUUGAAAUCUUUCCUUCUUACUGUUUUUCUAUCUUCAAACAUGAGACUUUUUAUUAAAUAUUUGUUAUUGAAA